AUACACCUGUCACUUGGUGGCAAGCAUGUGUUGAAAAACCACCUUUUAUUCAGACAAUUGCUCUUAAUUUAUUAAGCAUUAUGGCCAGAAUUCAUUUAUAUUAUAUAUCAAAUUCAAAAAAUCAAUUACAAUAUUUUGGUCAAGAAUUAACAUCUGAACAAGUAGUUAAUGCAACAUAUCAUCUUACUAAUUCAAAUGAAAUUGAAGAAGAUGUCCUGUUUGCUUCCUUAUCAGAUGAAUUACCUCAAGAUUCUAGAACAUUUGUAAGUGAAGAAGAAUUAAGACAUGUAUUGCAAUUGGAAACAUAUGUAAUUAUUUCUAAUCAAGUAUUUGUUAGCAAUUUG